AUGAUGAUCCCGUUACUACUGUUGGUGCUGCUGCAUCUAUUGGUUGCUACUACAGUUGCUAUGCAAGAGUUUAGUAGUGUGAAUGAAGUGGCAGAACGGGUCAAGGAGAAUUCAGAUCAUUUCAUGUCCUUGCCGAAAAUCAGUACGGCGUUGACCACUGCGUACUAUCAAAUCCACGGCUUUCCCCACAAUCUUCCCGAUCGAAGUGCCGCACUGCGAUUUCUGUACAGUCAAGCGGCAACACUACAAGCCAGUGUCUUUAUUAGCUUGGAAGAUGGAACCCUUUUUGGGUACAAUGCGGGAUUUGGCAGUGGCACAUACCGAGAGCCGGGCAAUUCGGGCUAUUACAUUCCUCCUACUACUACCAACACUGCCAAUAGUACAAGCCAACAGAAUGAAAAUGAAUUCUACAAGCACUGGAUCUCCUGUGUCAAUGGAACAUCCGGGGAACCGUUGGAAUGCCAACAGGCCGAUGGAGAUUUCUACAUUGAGUGGGUAGACAACGGUCAACUCCAACCAUGUCGACCUCUGGAUGUUCAGACAGAAGAACACUGUCAUCAACACAAUAGCACCAGUGAGGAGGAACUGCAAGAGUGCUUGUCGCAGGUCCUCUAUUGCUAUUCCUAUGAUGUCAAAAAGGCAAACUUUAGUUCCUUACAACUACAAGAUGACAACACUGCUAUACCGGUAGAUCCCAACAGAUUUGGUUAUGUCCCGAGAACCUACAGUUGUACCGACCAGUUUGGACAAUUCAGUGAAGAUCACGGACAAGUCCUCCAGGAUUUCCAAACAGGAGCAUUAGGCGACUGUACCUUUGCCGAUGGAACCACAUUGGUACACCGUGGCAACAUGCCGGGAGAUUAUGCCUACUGUGGUGAUGAUGAUGAUGAUGGCGACACCAUUUGCAAUGAUACAUUUUUGGGAGGAUACCGCAGUCGCGAUUACGAUCCACGAUGGCGGACGUGGUAUGCGGAUGUCAAGCGACGUCAACGACCCGAAUGGUCUGCUCCCUACGCCUUUUUCAACACGCUCAAAAUGGGAAUCUCCUUUUCGGAACCCUUCUAUUCGACACAUACCACUACUGGCACCAAUAACGGCACGCAACAACAAAAGAAAGUCUUUGAAGGCAUUGUGGUCGCGGAUUAUACCCUCGAACAGUUUGGGACCUUUCUCGUGGGCGCGUAUGGCGACAAGGACAUUCAUGUCGCUAUUUUUGAAAAUGCGCCACCGCACCAUUAUCUCAUUGCUGCAUCUACCGGGGCCGAAACGGCCAAACAAGUACUGGCGUCCGAUCAUACGCAACCCUGUCCCAGUGAGUGGUAUCAAGGAGGAUUCUCACAGUUUCACUGUGAUGUCGUCCGGGUACCCAUGGAGACGAUUGACGAGCAAAAUGAUAAUAAUGACAACGACAAUGAUGACGACAGCUCGACAAACAACAACAACAACAAUAUUUUGAAACAUGCCUUUGAGCGAUUGAAACAAGACAACUUUCCACAAAACGAAUUGAUUGCCUUCAAAGAUGGACCCACCAACGCGUAUGUCGUACAGGCACAAAGCUACGAACAACCAAAUGCCAAUCUCAAUUGGUUUCAAAUCAUUGUCAUGCCAAUGGAACAAUACACUUCCGACUCGAUUGUGCCGGGAGAACCCAUGUUUGUUGCCCUUUGCAUGGUAUCUCUACUGGGAUUUGCCUGCUGUUGUGGAAUGCUACUCGUGUCCUACUGCAAACGCCACGAACGAUCGUUUGCCCAUACGGAUUGGAGAUUCCAAGUCGCAUUUAUUUUUGGUUGCUGUCUGUUGAAUCUGUCGACAUUGACAUUUAUUGGAGAAGCGUCGGAUGAACUCUGUUUGGCACGCAUGUGGACCACUUGUCUGUGUUUUUCACUGGCUCUCUCCACACUUUUUGUCAAAUGUUGGAGAAUGUUCACAUUGGUACGAGCCAGUCGAAGAUUUCGGAGAACCACCAUUACCAAUGUCCAGGCGGCCGUGAGAGCGCUCCCCAUGAUUGGCAUACAAACCAUCAUUCUCUUGGUGUUUACCAUUGUGGAUCCUCCGCGACGGACGGAAAACCUACAAGUCAAUGGAGGAUCCCUCUUUGUCCAACCAUGGCAACAUAUCUUGUGCCAGCAUGAGACCGAUGCCUUUCACAUUACGCAAUUCACAUUCAUGGCGCUGGUCGUGGCCAUUGGUUGUUAUUUGGCGUAUCAAAGUCGCUACGUCGGGGAGCACGAAUACAGCCAUGCCGAAAACGGCAAGCCACUGGCGCUUGCCAUGUACAAUAUUGCCUUUGCGGGUGCUAUUAUUGGAACGAUCCUGUUUGGUGUGGACAUGAGUCGGGAUGCACAAAUGCUCAUGGCGGCCUUUGGUGUAUUUUGGGGAACCGUGUUCAGUUCGUCCAUCUUUGUCAUUCCACGUUACAUCCAUUCGGUGAAGGGGUACAAAUCCAGGCGCAGCAACUUUUCGUUUCCGUCCGGUUUGGACACGUCCGCCCGCGCUUCCGGCCACCACAACACUUCCGGCUACGUCGUCAAAUCGAGGGAAGAAACCAAGGCUCGAGAGGACGACGAAGAAGUGGCUCCGGAUGACAAUAAUAACAAUAACGGAUCAUCGAGCAGGGUCAGGUUUUCAGAAGAUGGGGGAGGAGACGAGAUAAACAGCAGUCACCGGUCACGUUGA